UGCGAUGCCUUCCUCUGUAUUGUUUCUUCUCCACCUGCUCUCGAUCUUGACUUGAUUCGAGGCGGAUCUGUUGCUCGGUUCUUGGAUUCGUGAAUCGCUGGUUUGGAAGGAUUGUCUUUCUUCCAUUUAUUUGUUCGACCUAACCCACAUGUAAUCAUGAUCGGUGAGCAUCGCGAUGUUAUUCUUGAUCCAAUAGAACUAUUCUUGGCGUUUGGUUGGAGAAACUAGAUGAACGAUGGACUCCCCUGGUUCUGGGUUUGUUGAUCUGACCGAAGAGAAUGAUUUGGGAUGCGGCGACGGAUGUUUGGCGUCCUGGAUCCACAUUUCCACUCUUCGUUUCCUCCUUACUCUUUUGAGAUAUCACUCUCACGUUUAUGUAGCUUUUGGGGUCAGUGAUUCUGGAAGUAUUGGCAUGUUGGAAUCGUGUUUAUCGAUUGAAUAAGGGGAACAUAAGGAUUCAUUUCCAUGAGCUCUUCUUUUACACGAUGAUACCAUCUGCGCAAUUUCCAAGCAUGACAAAGUCCAACUAAUGAAUGUAAACCUAGUUAGAAGAUUAUAAGCUUGCCUAUAUAGUAGUGAUAACCAGCUCUGCUAACAUACAUAGACUCUUCUGAUAAGCUUUUCAUCUUCUCAAGUUUUAGAUAUUUUACAUAGAUGCAUGUUGCUGCCUUUCUGGGAUUUUAAAUGAUACAUGAAACAGCCCUGAAGAUGAUCCGAAGCACAUUUGAUCUAAUACCAAGACCAUUUCUCACAAGAGUGUUACUGCAGAAUGAAAGAGGUUGCUCUACAAUUUAAUUACAGACCAUAAAAAAGGUAAAAACAAAAACGCAUGAGAAGUGUAGGAAACAAAAAGGACAACUAAAUAAUCUUCUCAAGUGACCAAGCUUUAAUUCACCUUUGGAUUCGUUGACAACACAAAACAGGAGUUUUAAUGGCGAGAAAACUAUAUCCGGUAAGGUGAAGUUCUAAAGUGUUGGACUUAUAAAACAAAAUAAUAGAUAAUUUUCCUAAUUGCAAGUUAACUGUUCUACCUUAUAGGCUACCAUAUAUGGCAGUAGCUCAGAGAUCAGUCAUUUUUUGAGGUAGGAAAAAUUAUAUGUUGAAUCUUCUGUUUUCGGCCAGGAAAUUUUUUAUUUGCAAACCGGGCUAAGAAAUAUGAGUGAAGGGGAUGAGACUGCAUCAACAGAGAAUCACGCAGCUCCACAGCUGAAUGAAAGGAUUCUAUCAUCUAUGUCAAGGAGAUCAGUAGCUGCACAUCCUUGGCAUGAUCUUGAAAUAGGUCCCGGUGCUCCUGGUGUGUUCAAUGUUGUGGUGGAGAUUACCAAAGGAAGUAAAGUUAAAUACGAACUUGACAAGAAGACAGGGCUAAUUAAGGUGGAUCGGAUCCUGUACUCAUCAGUAGUCUACCCUCAUAAUUAUGGUUUCAUUCCUCGCACACUUUGUGAAGACAGUGACCCACUGGAUGUUUUGGUUCUGAUGCAGGAACCAGUUCUACCUGGAUGCUUUCUACGAGCCAGGGCCAUUGGUCUCAUGCCUAUGAUUGAUCAGGGGGAGAAAGAUGAUAAGAUCAUUGCAGUUUGUGCUGAUGAUCCUGAGUAUCGUCACUUCAAUGACCUCAAUGAGUUGUCCCCUCAUCGUCUUAAUGAGAUUCGGCGCUUCUUUGAAGACUACAAAAAAAAUGAGAACAAAGAGGUUGCAGUCAAUGAAUUCUUGCCUGCAAACACUGCUCGAGAAGCCAUCCAACACUCAAUGGAUCUUUAUGCUCAGUAUAUCCUGCAUACCUUGAGGCGGUAGACUGGUCGCCACCCUGUUUUCAUAACUGCUUCCGUGCAUGGUGAAAUGGAAGGCUAAGAUUAUCCUAUCAUUUAUCUUAUGAUUUUUGUGGCUUAAGCAAAAUUAAGCAUCGAAUCUUCGUUUUUGAGUUUAUGUUGAUUAAGUUUUUCUCGUCUCCGGCCGAGCUGCUGGGAUUGGGUUGAAUAUUGCAAUAAGAUGAUCAAGUAUUUGCCUUAUUUUUAUA